AUGCAUGGAGCAGUGAUACUCCCCUGUCAACACUCUUUUUGUAGUCUCUGCAUUAGAAGGCUUAUAUCAAAUAACAUGAGUUGCCCCAUCUGUAAAAGGCCAGUGAAGACAUCCAACAUCCGGCCAAACAUCGAGUUGCAAAAUAAAAUCCUUUUGGAUAAAAAAUGUAUUCCACCACCGUUUUCUGAGUGUAAGUUACAUAGACUUAGUCUGAGACAGUACAAAACCAUGAAGGCGGCAAAGAUCAAAGAGGAGUUGAGGCAAUUUGGAAUCGACUGUACGGGGAAGAAAGAAGACCUUGUUAAGUGGCACAGAGAGUAUUGUCUAAGAUACAACGCUGAAUUCGACGCUGUUGAUAGAUUGACGCCAAUGGAGAUUGCUAAAAUAAUAAUGGAUGAAAUAGCAGACUCAAAGACUGAGAAAUUGAAAGAAAGAAAAAGAACAAAAGACGAAGAGAAAAAACCUAGAAAGUCCGAAGAGCAAGACAAAUACCAUCAAACUGUUCUCAUGUUGGUGGCUGCAAUAAAGAAACGGAAGCUGGCCAAACUCGCAACCAUCAAAAGCCAGAAUCAAACGAAAAAUGUAUUUUAG